UCAAUAGACAAAAUGGCCGAAGAGAGAGUCGCGUUUAUAGAAGAAGAUCUACCUGUGGCUGCUUUUCCGAAGAUAGCGGACAUCAGACGACAGGGGAAAUUAUGCGACGUCACGCUGAAGGUAGGAGAUCAGAAGUUUUCAGCUCACCGCAUCAUCCUGGCGGCGACCAUUCCCUACUUCCACGCAAUGUUCACGCACGACAUGGUGGAAUCCAAGCAGGAUGAGAUCGGCAUGCAAGGCAUUGAUGCCAGUGCCCUGGAGUCCCUGGUGAACUACGCCUACAACGGCCGUGUUGAGAUCAACCUGAACAAUGUGCAGUCUCUCCUCAUUGCUGCCAGUUUCCUCCACAUGCAGAGUGUGAAGGAGGCAUGCUGUGACUUCCUGAAGGACAGGCUUCACCCACAGAACUGCCUUGCGGUGCGAGCCUUAGCGGACCAGUACAUGUGCUCCAAGCUGGUGGAGGCGGCCAACAAAUACAUCCAGAACAACUUCCGCCAGGUGUCCUGCACCGAGGAGUUCCUCAACCUCACCCACACCGACAUGGUCGACAUCAUCUCCAGGGACGAACUCAAUGUCACCAAUGAGGAACAGGUAUUUGAGUCAGCACUGAGGUGGGUGAAACACUUGAUAGAGAACCGGAAGGAGUCGCUGCCGGAGUUGAUGGUGAAAGUGCGGUUGCCGCUGCUGACCCCACAGUAUCUGUCAGACAAGGUGGCAACUGAGGAACUGAUCAAGAGCUCUCUGCAGUGCAGAGAUUUGUUGGAUGAGGCUCGAGAUUACCACCUGAUGCCAGAGAGGCGGACGUUGUUACAGACUUUCAAAACACGACCAAGGUGUUGUACUGAUGUACCUGGCAUCAUAUACGCUGUGGGCGGCCUCACGUCCUCAGGUGACUCUCUAAGCACAGUGGAGUGUUUUGACCCGGUCGUGGGGCGCUGGAAAGUGGCGGAGGCCAUGAGCACCAUGAGGAGUCGAGUGGGCGUUGCAGUCCUCAACGGCUACCUGUACGCCAUCGGCGGCUAUAACGGCAUGGACAGGCUGAACACAGUGGAGGUGUUCGAGCAGGAGAGCAAACGCUGGAAGAAAGUAUCCCCUAUGAACUGCAAGAGAAGUGCUUUGGGAGCUGCAGCACUGAAUGGCAAGCUGUUUGUCUGUGGAGGGUAUGAUGGAGUCUCUUCUCUCAAGUCCGUGGAGUGCUUUGAUCCCAAGUCAAACAUGUGGACGGUGAUGACAAGUAUGCAGAUACGAAGUGCCGCUGGUGUUGCUGUAUUGCAUGGUGACAUCUACGCUUGUGGUGGCCAUGAUGGAUUGUCAAUAUUUGAUUCUGUGGAAUGUUACAACACAACGACUGGGCAGUGGCGAACUAUAGCCAACAUGAACUCCAAACGCUGUCGUCUGGGUGUGGCAGCUCUCAAUGGUAAACUGUAUGCCGUGGGAGGCUACGAUGGUGCAAUGUUUCUCAAGACUGUUGAGCGCUACGACCCAGGCACCAAUACAUGGGAAUAUGUUCUGAAUAUGAAGAUGAAGAGAAGUCGAGUUGCCAUAGCAGCAACGUAUGGGAAGUUAUAUGCAAUAGGAGGCUAUGAUGGUCAGGCCAACUUGAACUCAGUGGAGAUGUAUGAUCCGGAGUCCAACACAUGGACGUUUGUUGCCUCCAUGAGUGCCCACGAGGGAGGAGUGGGGGUGGGCGUGGUCCCCAUGGAGGAAGCCACAGUGUGAUGGGGAGUGCGUCUUGACUGUGGAUGUGAAUCUCAAAAACACUGUUACAGAACUGCUGCUGGUUUGCUUCUCUGUAGCUCAUUCUGAUAUCUGCUGAGCGAUGUUGCUUGAAGGAUGGUGAGUGAUGUUGCUUGAAGGAUGUUGAGUGGUGCUGCUUGAAGGAUGCCGAGCGAUGUUGCUUGAAGGAUGGUGAGUGAUGUUGCUUGAAGGAUGUUGAGUGAUGUUGCUUGAAGGAUGUUGCUUGAAGGAUGUUGAGUGAUGUUGCUUGAAGGAUGUUGAGUGAUGUUGCUUGAAGGAUGCCGGGCGAUGUUGCUUGAGGGAUGGUGAGUAAUGUUGAUUCAGGCUGUUUGAUAGUCCUGCAUAGAAUGUUGUGUUGCUUGGAAUGUCUUAGAAACAGGUUGCUAUGUGUUUCUGAUUGCAAAUGAGUAAUUCACUCCCAAAAAUGAACUAAAACACGUUUUCUUCGUUGUUAGCCCCCCGACAGAUUUUACCUUGAGCUCCAGAUUGAUCUGAAUUCUGAAGGGUUAUCACCAGUACCUGUGGAACUGACAGCCCAUUGUCUCAGAUGUAUACAUUGCAUGGGGGUCCAUGUUGCUUCUUAGGUCAUGUAGUCUCCAUGGAUCAAGGACAGGUGCCGCCUGACAAUCUGAAGAGCUACCUCUCUCCUUGUACAUGUUGUGGGGCGGUGGGGUAGCCUAGUGGUUAAAGCGUUGGCUCGUCACGCCGAAGACCCGGGUUCGAAUCCCCACAUUGGUACAA